AUGAACUAUGGAGCCGGACCAUCACAUCUACCUUCUUCUUCUUCUUCUUCUGACGACGACGACGAAAUAUUUUCUCAGUACAUUAAAGAUUGGGAGGAAGAUAUGACACAAUGGGAGAAGGGAGAUGAACUCUUAGCUCGCGUACAUGCCUCUAAUAAUAAAAUAAUGACUUAUCUCUCUCAAGAGGCAGACUUAGCUCGCGUACAUGCCUCUAAUAAUAAAAUAAUGACUUAUCUCUCUCAAGAGGCAGAGCGGCCAAAACGUAUUGGCUCAGUUCCUGGUCAUUUGGUGAUCAAUCGCGGGAGGGAAGAAGGUAAUUCUCGACUUUACCAUGACUAUUUUUCUGAUAACCCUACAUAUGGUGCAAACCUAUUCCGUAGAAGGUUCCGGAUGCACAGGAGUUUAUUCUUUCGUAUAGUCGAGGCGGUACGUGAGCAUGACAACUUCUUCGUACAGAAGAUGGAUGGUGUCGGUAAACUUGGGCUAUCAACUUUACAAAAAGUUACAUCGGCAUUUUACAUGUUGGCAUAUGGAACAUCAGCAGAUAGUACUGACGAAUAUGUUAGGAUCGGUGAGUCAACUGCAAUUAUAUGUUUAAAGAGAUUUUGUAAAGCAAUUGUAGAAGUAUAUGGAGAUGAAUAUCUGAGGACCCCCAAUGUCGACGAUGUUGCAAGGUUAUUGCAAAAGGGUGAAGAAAGAGGUUUUCCAGGAAUGUUAGGAAGUCUAGACUGUAUGCAUUGGCAAUGGAAAAAUUGUCCAACAGCAUGUGCAGGACAAUACUCAGAUCGUCAUGGAGGUCCAACCAUUAUUCUUGAGGCAGUAGCAUCAUAUGAUCUAUGGAUAUGGCAUGCAUACUUUGGCUUACCAGGAUCCAAUAACGAUAUUAAUGUAUUGCAGUCGUCUAAUUUGUUCGACAAUCUAUCACAAGGUAUUGCUCCUCCUGCUCAUUACACAAUUCAAGGAAAAAAUUAUGAUGUCGGUUAUUAUUUGGUCGAUGGCAUAUAUCCGAAAUGGCCAACACUUGUUCAAACCAUUUCUAAUUCUGAUGAUAAAAAAAACAAUAUUUUGCAAUGA